GCACGCACGUCGUGCUCUCCUCUCCAGCACCAUCCCAGCACGCAGUUAAUACUCGCCUCCAACCAACCCCUUCCCCUCCACACACGCACAUCAGCUCUUCUCCGGCGAGCCUUAGCUUCCGGCGACGAUGAAGCUGACGAUCCCCGAGGACGUGCGCGCCAAGGCGGAGGUGUACGUGGGCGACGCGGCGGGGCAGGAGAAGACGCAGCUCCUGCUGGAGGAGACGGGCCUUCCCAGCGGCCUGCUCCCGCUCAAGGACAUCAUCGAGUGCGGCUACGUGGAGGAGACGGGGUUCGUGUGGCUCAAGCAGCGCCGCAAGGUGGACCACUACUUCGCCAAGGCGGGGCGGCACGUCAGCUACGGCGCCGAGGUCUCGGCCUUCGCCGAGAAGGGCCGGCUCAAGAAGAUCACCGGGGUCAAGGCCAAGGAGAUGCUCAUCUGGGUGACGCUCCACGAGAUCUGCGUCGACGACCCGCCCACCGGCAAGCUGACGUGCAAGGCUAUUGGGGGCCUGUCCAGGAGCUUCCCCGUUGAGGCCUUCGAGGCCGACGGCCCGCCGCCGCCCGCCAAGCCUGCCGACGCAGUCGCCAACGGCAACAGCAGCGCUGUCGCUGCUGAGGAGCUGACCAAGAAACAGACUGCCGAAGAGGAGAAGGAGGAGGAGACCAAGAAAGAGACGGCCGAAGAGGAGGAGACCAAGAAAGAGACCGCCGAGGAAGAUAACAACAAGAAGGAGAAGGAGGACACCGCUGCCAUUGCCGCCAUUAAUGAGAUCGACGGGAAGCUGAAGGAGAUGAGCACGGAGGUGGUGCACGCCGAGGCUGUGGCCGCCGAGAACUGAUCCACCCAUCCAUUGCCAUGGCCAUGGCCAUUCACUGUCUACCACAGUCACAUCAGAGGAAAAGAAAGCCAAGAUCAGUGACGACGACGAUCAAGAUGAGCUUGAUACUUUGAUCAACUAUUACUUAUGUUCAGAAUAAUAUUGCAUGCAAGUACUUUUAAGCUUUACGCUGCUACAGAAUACUGCCAUUUCUUAAUCAUUGCGAGCAGUUUUGUAAUACUAAUCCGCAUUGAUACAUAAUCUGGAUCCGAAAUUUUCAUUCAAUAAGAUUUUAGCUCUCUCGCAUCCGAUCA